CAGUCGUCCAACAGUCGUCGUGCUGUUAACCACUCGUGCAUCGUUGUUAAAAAAACACGUGAUUUAUAUUUGUAUAAUAACAAUACAAAAAAUUUAAUGUCAUUAAUCACGUGUCAAUAGUGACUUGAUUAAAAAAUUCUUUUAUAAUUAAAACAGAAAAUAUCAGUAAUGAAAAUAAAAUUCUAUUCUAUUAUUAAAAAAAAAUUAUAAAACAUUUAAAUUAAUAAAAAUAUCUACGUUAUAUAUUUUAAAACAAUAUAAAAAUUAAAUUAAAAUAUUAAAUUAAAUAACUUGUCAACAUAUAUUUUUGUUUUUUAACAUUUUUUUCAAUCAAAUAAAUUUUCUGUGUAUUGAAAUUAAUUGUUAUCCACAAAAAGCUCAUUGAAUAUUCUACCAGUUGAUAAAUGCAAACUUUAAAAAUCUUAAUUUAAAUAUUUUCAUAGAAAAAAAGAAGAAAUUUAAAAACAUUAAAAACUUUGGUAAUUAAAAAAUAAAUAAUUUAAUAAAAAGUGUGUGAAGUGUAUUUGAAGUUAAAAUAUAUAACAAAACAAAUAAUUGAUAAUUAUAAUGAAUUAAUUAAAUUAUUGUACAUGGAAAUUUAAUUAAAUAAAGUGGUAAUAAAAAUUAAAUAGUUGUGAAUAAACUUGUGUUAUUACUAAUAACUUAUUAGUAUUUGUGAAUAAAAAGUUUUGUUGUUAUUAAAAAAAUAAAUAAUUAAAUAUUAAAUAAAUAUAAUACAAGUGUUAUACAAGUGUGUAUCGUAGAGAAAUGAAUUGGACCAAUGUGUCUGGAUGAUAAUAUUUAAAUGUUGCAGUUUGAACAACAUUUAGUGACCAAAAUGUCAGUAAUUAUAGUUUAUUUUUUGCUACUUGGCCACUUGCAGACUGCAUACAUGGACAAUUUGGCAAUAUUGUCAGACACAUUGAAAACAUACCAGAAAGCGGCUUGUGAUGAGGAAACUAUGUCACUACGAUGUCCACCAGGGACUUCAAUAUCACUCACGAUUGCUCGCUACGGAAGAAUUUCUGAUAUCAAUGCUGGAAAAUGUAAUAAUGCCUGGUUGCCAUCUGCACAAUCUACGUCAUCAACUAACAAUUCAUGUGCUCUUCCACAAGCUCUACAGUAUUCACUGUUACAGACAGUUGUGGAGAUAUGCCAGAAGAAGAGAAAUUGCAAAUUCAAUACAAGUCCCAAGAGUCUACAAAAUGAUCCCUGUCCAUCGUUGCCUAAAUACAUUGAAGUCGCUUACAAAUGCCGUCCUUAUGAAUUUCGAAGCAAGGUAGCUUGUGAAAAUGAUGCUGUUAAUUUGAUGUGUUUUCCUGGUAAACGAGUUGCAAUAUAUAGUGCAUCAUUUGGUCGUACCGAGUACGAAUCACUACAGUGUCCUCAGCCUCAUGGAGUCAAAGAAGAAACUUGCAAUUCACAACAUGCGACUGGUGUUGUCAUGAAAAUGUGUCAUGGAAAACGAAAAUGUUCAGUUAUUGCUAAUGGCUCAACUUUUGAUGAUACCUGCAAGCCAGAUACACGAACGUAUCUUAAAAUUAUUUACACAUGUGUACCACGUAAUGUUAUGAGAGAAGAUUUAGCUGGUGAUGAGGAAUCUGAUGAAAAAGAUCUGGUACCAGAAUUUGAUGAAGGAUUUGAUAGAACAGACUUUAAAACUGAAUUUAGUCCAAGUCCAAACUUGGAAGGACCACAACCACAACCAAAGGACAAUACGAGUGCCAAUUCACCAGAAGUAAACUCUUCACCACCACGUGCCAGAACGAACAAUGAUAUUGAUGUACGAAACAAUUUAGGAUCAAUUGGAACAAAGGAAAUAAAUUCAAAACAUUAUCGUUUGCCAACUGAUGAUAAAAAUGAUAUAAAAUUACCGACAAAAACAGUCGAUAAUAAUUUUGCAACAUCAAAUUGCACAACAAUCGUUUAUGCAGUUGCUGAGGAGGAUCGUGUUGUUGUUGGUUAUAUCAAUGAGUGGAUCAAUGCCUACUCAUUUAUUUCAAAAAAUCAGGAAAAAUUCUAUCUCUACAUAAUAAUAUCUGUAUCAAUGGGUAUGCUGUUUUUUUUGUCAUUGGUAAUUGGACGUCUACUAAUAAGUCGUCAUCGUGCUAAAAGAGAUGCAAAAUUUCAUACAAAUAGUGAAACACUACCGAAUGGUUUUACAGACGAAAUAUCUGAGAUUGAUGCUGAUAUUGAUCUUACAACUCCUGUUCCAGUUCCCAUGCAAGAUACAAAUAUUCCAGAGACUCAACUUGCUGAAAGAUUACAUGGUGAUCGUUAUUAUGGUGAUGGAAGAAUGCCAUUAUCAAUGUCAAUACAUCAUCAGGUGCCAACACAUCUUCAUGGUGUUCGUGUUGAUCUUGGUAAUCAUAUGAUUGGCGCUGAUAAUCUUCAUACAAUAUUAAGAAAUGAAGAUCCAAGAAAUAUGCCAAAUAAAAGUUAUUAUUAUGGCUGACAAGAGGAAGGGACUGUCUCACGUCAGGGACGUCCCACUCCAUUGAGUCCUGUGCCUGAAGUCAGUACUCGUAAAUACUGCUUCUAAUAACACAAAAACUCAUCAUUUAUAUUUUUCUCUCACUCUAUUUUUCUCUUAGUCUAUUUCUCUGUUUUUAUCUCUCGUUUUUUUAUCGAUGUGUCUAUUACUUGAACCACUCCUCUCCUUUUUUCCUCAUUCAAUCCUUCUCGUUAUUAUAUAUUUUUUUAAUAUCUUUAGUUUUAGUAAAUAAUAGAAAUAAUAACAUUGUAAACAAUUCGAAAUUUUUGGCUGUGCCUGAGACAUCAAUAUAUAUGGAGUAAACAUGAAAGUUCAGAAUUCACAAUGGCAAGAAUUUUUUUUUUUUUUGAUUUUUUUCUUUUAUCUUUAAUCUGUUUACCAUAGAUUUAUUACGAGAGCAGGUUUCCUCGAGAGAAUUUUGUUUACUGCUAAGAAAAAAAAAAAUGAAAAAAAAACUUUGAAUAAUUCUCCAUGGAUGGAUUGAAGAAAAAUCGCAUGUGUCACAGGAACGUCGAAAUUUCUAUUAUCAGGGUAGUUUGUAUUUCGAAUGACAA